AGUAGCUGCAUCUCGCUUGAUCAGCAUCAGCUGCAGUCGUAUCUAGUUAUCGCUGCACCUGCAAGCAUCCGCUGCACCACAUGGAUCCUCAGGCAUCCAGCCCACCUCAGCCUUGGAGAUGCCCCUCCCGCCUCUCGUGGCCGCCGGAUUGAGUCUGAAUCGGACGACAUGGCAGUCUGCGACUUCGAAGGGAAUAGCGACAUGUAUGGGCUGGGAAUACGGUUGGGAUACUACUUUCAAUGGUUCGGAGCGAUACUCGCGGCUUGGAUAGCCCCUUCCGAAGUCCAAGGCCUCCGUUUCGGCAUCGACUUGUUCGUCGCAGCGACCUUCCUGGCUUUAGUCAUUGCCACGGGCAACGAUGUCAACAGUCUCGAACCGGUCGACACGUACAUCAUUCUGUUACUCAUGUUCGGUGCAUACCUGGCGCUCGUCCCGAUCUUUCUCUGGCGACUUCUCACUGGAUGCGACCCGUACUGGGAUCCGACCCGAUAUCCGCUGGUGAAACCAGGGUCGCGGUCUGCGAAUCUGAACUUUCUUAUGCUCAUCGGGGCGCUGGUAUUCCAGUACUGGUUUUGGUUCGAUCGAGUACCGGACUUGGAUGAUUACAAUUGCCAGCAGUACGGCUUCCUCCUCGCUCAGGUUCGACUCAACAGCAAAGUCUCAGUCGUCUUGAACAUUCUUAUGUACUUUUGGCUCGGCAUAGUCUGCCUCUACAUCAUUGUCUUGAAAAUCAGACAUGCCGUCGGCUUUCCCGACCCGAGCGAAAGACGAAAGCGGCUUAUCAGCAGGCGUCAUAAAAGGGAGCACAUUCGUCGUCUCCAAAACAUGGAUACCUGGUCAAAACUCAUCGUUGUCGCGACUGUGACCGCAGCAGUUGAGCUCACCAUUUCCUGGAACGAAAUCGAUGGUGCGAACACGCUUUCCGGAGCCGGUCAAACGAUACCUUUCGUAAUCGGUCUCGGAGCUCUCAUCAGGAUACUGUACGUAUACUUCUUCUACGCGGAAGACCAAGGGAGCGACAGCGGCAGCUACUACGGCUCCGGAGGGGCCCAUCCGUACCGUGGACCUCCAAGCCCGCUCCCAUAUUGGCAGAUGCCAACACUGCGAUACGGGACGCCGCAACACUUCGGACAUAGGCGCGCUCGUUCAGGACCCCGGCCGAGUGCCACUCCAGAACCCAUUCCUGUUCGACAGAUGCCAAGGCCGGGAGGGCCGCCGAUGCGUAUGCCCGUACGGCAAAUGCCCGUUUUCGAUCGAGAGACUCCGAGAAGGUCGUAGAUGACGAGGCAGAUCUGAGGGUCUUGAAGUACUCUGACACAACAUGGUGUAUCAUGCUGCUAUCUCUGACAGUGUACUAUUUCCUUGAGGACGCAUGCAUCUAUCACCGGCGGCGGGAGGGGGUUCUUUGUUCGCGCGAAGAGUAGUGCUGCUCCGCCUUGGUGCUCGGCGGUAAUACCUUCGACAAAAAUGAACGACUAUCGCAAUCUCUUUUCCUCGGGACAGCGAGUGUAGCCAUUAGCCUGAGG